CUGCAAUUUUAAAGCCACAAUUGCGAAACAAACAUUGUUUGCCAUAUUGAAUCAUCAGUCCUGAACAGUGACUCAGCCUCUUCUUCAUCCUGAAAAAAGUUUGACCGGCACCACAAAUGGAUGCAAAUGACUUACAAGGACCAAGGUCAUGCCACAGAUAUCAGGAAAAGUUAAAGUCAAAAAUAAAACAGAUGUCAAAUGAGUUUUGGACAGCAAGUAAAAACCUGUUUGAAGAAAACCAGAAGCCUGAUCUGUCAUACAUUUCACUUGUAUUAGACACAGAGGAGAGCGUUCCUCCAUCUAAAAUAAAGAAACAGAAAAAAAAGAAAAGCAACCUGAGGACAUACAUCCCUGAGGAGAAAGCAGGCGUGUCUCCCAGUGACCUGCUGAAAACAGAUAGAAACGUCCUCUUGGUUGGAAAGCCUGGAAUUGGAAAGACAGCACUGACUCAUGAAAUGCUGAGACUCUGGGCAGGAAGAGAAACCAAUGAGCUUAAUUACAUGUUUUACUUUGACAUGAGGGAAACCUCACAGAUCAUGAAUGCCAAAAACUUGGAGGAUCUUCUUUUUUGUGUUUUCAGUGAACCAGAUGAAGACAAAGAUGAGGUCUUACAGGAAAUUAAGAGACACUCUGAGAAUGUUACAAUCAUUUUUGAUGGACUCACAGAUCUCUUUUCAUCAGUGGUGGAGAAGCUUCUAAAGAAAGAUCUACUUCCUCUUGCAAAGAUCAUCAUAACAUGCAGACCAGAUGAUGAAGACUUGUUUUCUGGAGACUUUGACAGAGUGGAGGUGAAAGGCUUUAGUGAGCAGACUAUAAAAACAUACUUAUCUGCAACAGUCGGUGAAGAACAGAAGAAGGUUUUGAGUAACUUGGAGUUGGUAACUCUCUGUCAUGUCCCCAUGUAUGCACUGAUGGUGGCUGUCUGCUUUUCAUCAGAAGUCUCUCCACAGCCAUGUACAAUAACUGAGAUAUACAUCAAUAUUGUUCGUUUAUGCCUUCAGAUAAACAGCAAAACAAGGAACAAAGAUCUAAAUUCCUUCAUCAGCACCAAGAGAGAAGAAAUUCUGUCUCUGGCUGAGGUUGCUUUUCUUUCAGCUGAAAGAAAAACUGUGAACCUGACAGACCUGCGCUGUGAAGACAGCUGUGUCCUCUCCUUCCUGAAACCUCUUCUCAUCAAGGCGGCUCCUACAGAAACAAUAACCACAUACGCAUUUCUCCAUUACACAGUGCAGGAGUUCUUUGCAGCUCUGUGGCUCCUGAAGAAUCCUGAUAAAAUCAGGGAUGUUCUUCAGCAGUGCCUCACAGAGGAGAAGAAACACAUGAAACAUCUGAUCCCUUUCAUGUGUCGAUUGUUGAAUGAGAAGAGCCCGAGUUUGAUGAAGCAUCUGAUUCCAGAUCAGGACCUGAAGAAUACAUCUAACUGGUUCUUCAAGGAGCUGAUAGACACAUUUCUUCCUCGUGUGUGUGAGCAAGCUGAGGCUGAUACUGAGGACAGUGGGCUCCAUGCUGACAUACUGUUCUUAUGCCAGUGCUUCUUUGAGUCCCAGAGUCCUGAAGCAUGCAUCUACCUUCUAGACAAACUGAACUACCAUCUUGACCUCAGUGGAAAGAGUCUGGAUCCUUACCCUUGCUGUGUUGUGGCCUAUGUGCUCACUCAGUCACAGGAAAGGAAAAUAUGGCUGAACCUUGAAGACGGGAUGAUAUCAGAACAAGGAAUGAGACAGCUGUUUGGAUGCCUUGAAAAUGUUGAAUGGUGUGACCCUCUGCCUCGACAGCUGUGGAAGAUUUUCCUUCUCAGUGAAGAGCAGAUGGACUUUGUAACCUUACUCAGCCUUGAUGGAAAUCAGUUACACCUUCCAGUUGAAGGUGAAACACAGCUGUUUGAACGAGCUGUGGAAGUGAUCUUGAGGAUGGAUACAAAGGUUAAUGUCUGCCUCUACUGGGACAGAGAAACUCCUGCCUGUCAGAGUCUGUGUGAGUCUCUGUUAGAGGCUUUGCCGUUCAUCAGCUCACUCAGCUUCAGAGGUCCAGUUUCAUGGAGCCAGGAUAAAUACCAUGGGACACUGGAGAGGGAGCAGAAGAAGCUGUUCAUGGAUUUAUGUGUGAAAGCAGCGCUUCAUGAUGGACCAGAAUUCUACAAAGUAGUGGAGAAGCUCCUCCGAUUGUUUCCUGUUAAAACCGACUUUAAUAAUAUCCUUCUUGACUUGUUUCAAUAUGUGAAGAGCAAAGAGUUUUCAGGUGACGUUCAAGAUCGGAGGCGACUUUUUCAGUCACUUCCUGCAGUCUGGUACAUAGACCUCUCAGAGAGAAAGACCUCCAUCCUCCUGGAAGUGCUGAAACUCCAAACAGAAAAGAAACGAGUGAAGCUGACAGGCUGCUCACAUGAAGAGAGUGAAGUAAAUCUUUUACUUCAGUGCCUACCUUAUAUCUCACAGCUCAGGUAA